AGUCGACCUCCUCAAGACAGAACCCGCCAUUUGUUGACGAAAUUACCAGUACAGUUGAAACUGAUGAGAACAGAUUAAAAAAAAAAAACCGUCAUUAUAUAGAUCAUAGCAUAAUCUACACAAAGCGUUCGGAUAACCUGAUGAUUAAUCUUGUUUGGUGAGAGGUAUGACUCGUAGAAGUAUCGUCUGGGAUUAUUUUGAAACGGUCAGUACAGAAUCGGUGGUGUGCCUGCUGUGUAAAAAUGUUUUGUCUAAACACGAACAUGCCGGUACGACGGCGAUGCUAAGACAUCUACGCGCCAAACACCCCAAAGAGGCUGCCACGGAACUUGGUAGGACCGACGGUCAAGAAGCUUCGACUGGACAGCAGCCCAUGGACACUGACGGUGCACAAGUGGAGGUGGAACUGGAGGAGGCAGACUGUAACACCGUCAUCACAGUGAAUGACACUGACAUUGAUUCUGCAUUAAACGGCAUCCUUGUAGCUGUGCAGGGAGAGCCCAUGGAAGAAAGAAAAGAAGAAGACGUGGUCAAAAAUACGCUCCCUUCAAGGACGAAAUCGCAACGUCGGAGUAUUAUCUGGAGACACUUUGAACGCUUGGAAAGUUCAGAUGGUUGUCAAUGUUUGAUUUGCAAUAAGAAGAUAAAAUGCUCUUCUGAGGGCAGCACGGGCAACCUGCACAAACACAUGUCAAAGAGGCACCCGCAUGUGAAUUUACGAACAGGUGAGGUGCUGAAGCAGUCACCAUCAGACACAUCCUCACGCACAAAGUCAAAGGAUCAUAGGAAGACAUGUCCAGCAAAGGUCACAAAAAACGUAGCAGUUCCAGAUGUACUCCAGGUUUCACAGGCAACUGCGGGAGACAAGUGUGAUUUUAAGAGGGAGCUGGAGUUGAUAGAAGCUCUGAGGAGGGCGCAGAGGGAUGAGGCGCAGGCUCUGGAGCAUCAGAGGGAGCUUAUCGAGAAGCUGCGGGCUGUCAACGCCAGAGAGGCUGCUGUAGAGAGAGAGCAAAUUGAGUCUCUCAGGAGAGCACAGCAGGAGGAAGCCAAAAAAUUAAGCACACAGAAAGAAGAGGUUGACACAGAAAAGGCGGCACUCCAGAGGAAAUGGGAGGAGCUCGAGCAAAAGAAGGAGCAACUGCUCUCCACAGAACUUUCCAGAGAACAUCCAGCAUCUGUUUCUCACUAAGAGUGAGAUUUUAAAAGAUUGGCUAGUUUGGCACCAACAAAUUGCCUGUUUUUUUUUUUCUUUUAAUAAAAUCUGCUUUGUAGACCA